AUGCUCCUAUUUAUAUAAACAAAAAUAAAGCCAGCAUCAUUUGGAGGAUUGAAGCCAUGGAAGUGGACAGAGCAGAAACCAGCUCCGCUGCCGGGGUUUGUUUGCCAUUGGGAUCGCCGACCUUCAUUGAUAUCGGGAACGGUCGAUUGAGAUGCAAGGAGACAGGGCACGAGUUCCCGGCUAAGGACAUGGACUCCUACGCCCAGACCAAAUCCUGCCGCCUCGCCCUCAUCGACGUUGCUCUCUCCAGGAAGCAGCCCCCUCUACAUACUUUUCUUCCCCACUCGCUGUCCAAGUCGAAACUCUUGUGCAGUUUAACGGGGGAUACGAUCAAUAAGUCGGAGGAGCAUAUUUGGAAGCAUAUCAACGGAAAACGGUUUCUGAAGAAACUUGAAAAGGUUGAGAAGGAUGUGAAGAAGUCAAGAAAGCUGUCAAACUUAAAUUCAUAUCCUCUUUACUGUCGGAGAGCCAAAGCUUUUAUGCCUACGGAACCUGCGGCAGAGAGGAGAAGCAGUGAUUCUGAAGAGCCCAAUUUCUGGAUUCCUACUGUUCGAGGUCAUUGGGAUUCUGAUGAUGAAAAAGUUAGCUGGGAAUCGCGCAUCACUUCUUUUCAGGAAACGGAAGCUAACCAAGGCUCAGCAGGUUUAGCAGAUGAAGGGAGAGAAAGAGAAAGUCUAGAGCUGUCAAUCCGAAUAAAACGCAUGGCAAUUGCCGUGGGACCAAGUAGCUUCGCCUCUAGGAAGAAGAAGAAUAAGAAGGGCUCGUCUUCAACUGUUCCAAAUAUGCAUGGAGAUGUGUAAGAUGGGUAGGUAAGACUUUUUUGCUUUAAGUUGCUUUCUUGUAGUUACCAAAUUUGACUGAUACUUUUUUUACCAAGAAAUUUUUGUGCUAAAGAUUUUAGUAUUUUGAUUAUUUUUAAUAAUUAUAAUGUUAUAUAUAAUAUUUACAAAGUUCAGUAUUGACCAAUACCAAUAAAUGCUAACUAUAAUAUUAAUCAGCCCACUAAAAAAACUUGGUUAGUGUGAGAGUUCAUAUUGUGAAUACCUAUGCUUUUUAUUCUCGUAAGGCUUUUUUUUUUCUUGAGAACGGAGUAUCUACUCACUGUCACCCCCCUAGAAGGCUUGGCGGCGUAAUUAAUCCCUCGGCGAGUAUACCAACCCCACAUGUGCAGGACUCUCAGUUAUUUUCUCCUCACUUAAGAGGUCGCGCUGCAUGAGAGGGGAUUCGAACAUGGGUUGGGAGGUUCCAAACAUGCUCGUCCACCAACCCAGCUAAGCUUGGUGGGGUUUUUUAUAGGCUUAUUAGAGACAACUAGUUUUUUAGUGUAAAAUUUUUUGAAUUAUAAAAUUUUGUACUACAAAGCUAUUUCAUAAAGAAGUAAGAAAGCUAUCCUAAA